AUGAAGAGAGGGAAUUACACACUGGUGACUGAAUUUAUUCUUUUGGGAUUAACCGAUCGUCCAGAGCUACAGCCAAUCCUUUUUGUGCUAUUUCUAGUAAUUUACCUCAUCACUGUGGGAGGGAACCUUGGAAUGAUGGUGUUGAUAAGGAUAGAUUCCCGCCUCCACACUCCUAUGUACUUCUUUCUUGCUAGUUUAUCAUGCCUAGACCUGUGCUAUUCCACAAAUGUCACCCCCAAGAUGCUAGUCAACUUCUUAUCAGAGAAGAAAACCAUUUCAUACCCUGCUUGUUUGGUUCAGUGUUAUUUCUUCAUUGCCAUGGUGAUUACUGAAUAUUACAUGCUAGCCGUAAUGGCCUAUGACAGGUACAUGGCCAUCUGUAACCCCCUGAUCUACAGCAGCAAGAUGUCAAAAGCUGUCUGUAUUCGCCUGAUUGCUGGUCCAUACAUCUAUGGGUUCCUCAGUGGUCUGAUGGAAACCAUGUGGACAUAUCGUUUGACUUUCUGUGGCUCCAACAUAAUCAACCACUUUUAUUGUGCUGACCCACCCCUCAUACGACUCUCAUGCUCUGAUACCUUCAUCAAAGAAACAUCUAUAAAAAGGAAUGUCACAACAAAUCCUCAGUUUAUUCUCCUAGGAUUGACCAAUCGCCUGGAGCUUCAGGUCCUAUUCUUUGUCCUCUUUUUAACCAUCUACAUCAUUACUGUGGUGGGGAACCUUGGGAUGAUGGUGUUAGUGAGAAUCACUCCCAAGCUUCAUACACCCAUGUACUUUUUCCUGAGUCACUUGUCUUUUGCGGAUCUCUGUUUCUCCUCCAAUGUGAGUCCAAAGAUGCUGGAGACGUUCAUAGUGGAGAAGGCCACCAUCUCCUACUCAGCCUGCUUGGUGCAGUGUUACCUUUUCAUUGCUUUGGUCCAUGUGGAAAUCUACAUCCUGGCAGUGAUGGCCUUUGACCGCUACAUGGCCAUCUGCAAUCCUCUGCUCUAUGGAAGCAAGAUGUCCCCCACUGUCUGCACCUCUCUCAUCUCUGUGCCCUAUAUCUAUGGCUCCCUCACAGGCCUCAUGGAGACCAUGUGGACCUAUAGCUUAUCAUUCUGUGGCCCCAAUGAGAUUAACCAUUUCUACUGUGCUGACCCUCCCCUCAUCAAACUAGCCUGUUCUAGUACUUACAACAAAGAACUGUCUAUGUUUGUUGUUGCUGGGUUUAACUUUACCUUUUCCCUGCUCAUCAUUCUCAUCUCCUACUUGUACAUUUUCCCAGCUAUUUUCCGACUUCGCUCUGCAGACAGCAGGCGCAAGGCCUUCUCUACCUGCGGGUCCCACCUGACGGCUGUUACUAUAUUCUAUACAGCUCUUUUCUUCAUGUAUCUCAGACCACCCUCGGAGGCAUCUGUGGAGCAAGGAAAAAUGAUGGCUGUGUUUUAUACCACAGUGAUCCCCAUGUUGAACCCCAUGAUCUAUAGCUUGAGGAACAAGGAUGUGAAAGAGGCCUUAAGCAAAGAACUCUUCAGACUAGAUCUCUCUAAAUAA